AUGUACCAGUGGCCACUUAUCCAUGAUCUCCCCACCAAUGAGCAACACCCUGAAGCGGCAGGACAUCCUGUUGCCUCAUCUUCCAAGUCAAUACUCCAAGCAGAAGCUCCACAGUCCGGCGCCGAGAUUCCUCAAUAUCGCGUUGUUCCCCAGCGUCUCCACAAACCGGACAGCUUGCUACCUUAUACUCGUCCGGGUUUUGAAGGGAUUGGUUCUGUCCGCUUCGACCGCGUCAAUUCCACCGUCGGCUUUGGCGUUGGCCUAACUGGACUGCUCGAUGGAAGCGCGUGCUUGAAUGAUCAAGACAAAUGCAUCUUCCAAGGCUCUGGAGAAGCACAGCUAACAUUCCGGAUUCUUUGGCCAUCGUACCCGCACUUUGAUUUUGGGCGAAUCAUCAACUUGAAGUAUACUGAGGAGGGAAAGACGACGGUGCACCAUGUGACGCGGCUGGAAUUAGCCCGUAUAAUUGCCAUAUGCUUUGACGAAUUCGUCGAUGUAGGUCUUCAAUUCUUUUGCAACGGUUGGCUCCGGCGCUAA